CGUGGUAAUUGCCCCCCUAGGCCCUCAGACUGCCUUUCUCCUCUGAUUCGAGGGUCAGUUAUAGUUCUGUCUGCUACCUUCCAUUAGAUUCGUUAUGUAGCGUUAGCUCCAGACCUGCAGUGACCUGCAAGGAAGAAUCCCUGGAAGCUCUGGUCCGGCUUCGAAGCUCAAAAGUAACGGCGUCGGACAUCGUCCGAGAUCUGGUGCCGCGGAGGCACAAGCCGAUUACUGUCCCCACGACCAUGGUCUGAUGUCAAUCGGCCGAUUGUAGCUACUCCGCACUAGCAAGAGAAGCCAUCUAGGGAGUCCGCUGGGGUUUGUACUACCUCCUCCCUUAAUACCUGCAGCAUUGCGUGGUGUUCUCUCGUCAACACUCAAUCUGACCCCUGACACCCAGAAGCAGACUCAUUAUGCCGCAAUCACCACCGUCUCUUGGCCACCAUGCCAUUGUGUUUGGCUGCUCCGGCAUCAACGGCUGGGCCCUCGUCAACCAACUGUUGUCUGACUACCCCGCCCCCGGAACCUUCUCCAAAGUCACCGCCGUUGCGAACCGUGCGUUCACGCCCGAUGAGGCCCAGUGGCCAACGGACGAUCGUCUCCAGAUCGUCUCCGGCGUGGACCUCUUGGUGAGCGAUGACGCAGUGCUGGGGAAGACCCUGGCGGAGAAGAUCCCCUCUGCCGAGACGAUCAGCCAUGUUUACUAUGCGGCAUAUCGCGCCAGCGAUGUCCCCGCAGAUGAAUGCCGUCUGAACAAGGAGAUGCUUCGUGCUGCCGUUCAGACACUGGAGACGCUCUCGUCCAAGCUGUCGUUCGUCACGCUCAUCACAGGCACCAAGGCUUACGGGGUCUACUUACUCGACAAAUUCCCUUUCCGGGAUCAGGUUCCCUUGAAAGAAGACCUCCCUCGCGUGCCCGCAGAAUAUGCUCAGGACCUGUUCUACUACCAUGAAGUCGAUCUUCUACAGGAGCUAUCCACCGGGAAGCGCUGGUCAUGGUGUGAAGUCCGUCCGGACGUGAUAGUCGGAGUUGCCCCAUUCGGCAAUGCCAACUGCAUGGCUCAAACCAUGGGCAUCUAUCUCAGCCUCUACCGGGAGCUUGAAGGAGAGGGCGCGCGGGUCCCCUUUCCCGGCAACGAGACCACCUGGCGGUUACUAUCCACUGACUCGAAUCAGGACAUUAUCGCGCGGUUUUGUAUCCAUGCCUCGAUGCAGCCGCGGGAGAAGGUUCAUACUCGCGCGUUCAAUAUUGCGGAUAGUGCCAGGCCCGUGUCGUGGUCGGAGCGGUGGCCGGCCCUAGCGGCGUAUUUCGGCCUGGAAGGUGUUGGACCGAACGAGGCCAGUCUACACCCGACGGUGUAUAUGGAUCAAAAUUGGGAGAGACUCCAGGCACUGUGUCGGGAUCGGGGCUUGAAAGAGGACGUCAUCUACCGCAGCAUGCACAACACGGGGGCUCGGAUGGGCAGUCUGCGGUUGAUGGACUUUGAUCGACCAUUUGACUUGACUCGGGCGCGGGCGUUGGGAUUUGAGGAAGAAAUGGAUACAGCCAUGUCGUGGCAUACGGCCUUUGAACGGGUACGAAAGGCGAAGAUUAUGCUCUAGGGGGCUCCGAAGUUAUUAUGGGGUUCUGCAGGAAGGCAUGCGGAUUUGGUGACCAAGUAAUUCAGAUUCGAACAAAUGAUAUCAGGCUUUUUCAGCCCGGGCAGGGAAUAGUAUGUCCAUACUCGUAUUCCUCUGAGAUGGUGAUGAUGGUAAUGAGGAGAAGGAGGAAGGAGGAAGGAGGAAGGAGGGAGGAGGAUGCGUAGGAGGAGAGGGAUCAGGUGAC